AUGGCCGUGCUCAUAUCAACAGUUACAGCCGUCUUGAUUUCCACCUUAAUAGGCUGGAUUCUCUCACUCCGAAGGAGGGAUAGAGAAGGUAGAGCAGCUUUGGAAGAAGCUUUGCAAGAAAAUGAAGCGUUUAGAAGCCAGCUAGAAGAGUUAGAGGUAGAGAAUAAGACCUUGCGUGAAGAGAGAGAGGAGAGUGACAGGUGUAGUUUGGAACAGGUUCAAUGUUUACAGGACAAACUAGAGCAAACGAAGCGUAGAGCGGAGCAGUAUGGGAGGGAACUGGACGGCAUGGCCGCGCUGUCGGACGAACUGGCGCUCUUGAAAAAUCAACACCAGCAACUGCAAGACAGGAUUACAAAGCAGGGGAGAGGCGUGUCGGCUUUCCGCGGCAUCGGCAGGGUGGUCACAUGCGACCUGCUCCGAGACAAGGCCAGUCUUGGGGAGAGGAUAAAGGUGCUGUCGCGAACUGUCGACGACAGGGAGGAAGAGCUCGGCAAUGUUCGGCAGGAGCUCGCCACCUUUCGGACGACGGAGUCGGAGCGGCGGCGCGUUCUCGAGGAGGAAAUCUCCGAUUUUCAGGACAAGUUAGAUCGAAUGUUUAGAGACAAGAAGCGCCUUGAAGGUCAAGUUCAACACCUCAAAUUCGAACUGGAGGAAGCCAAGACGAGCGAGCAAGUCUUAGAAAGCCAGGCGGAGAAUCUGAGACGAGAGCUGACGAAGGAGAAACAGCAAAGCACCGAGGAAAUCCACUCGCGCUUGAAGGAAGCAAACGACUCCAACGAGCGUCUCACAAACUACUGUUUACACCUGAAGAGGCGCAUCGGUCGGCUCAAUGACAGGGCGAAACAGGCGGAGCAGCGGCAUGCGGAGUCGGCACAGCGCUGCGACGAACUGUACCGGUCUUCGCUCAGUCUCCAGUCCCACGUGGAGGCCCACAACGACGAUGCCGCGCGGGUGGAAGAGUUGCGAGCGGAGAACGAGCGCCUGGCGGAUGAGGUGGAGAAGGCGAUGGAGUGGCGGCUGUGCUCGCUGUGCGGCGUGAAUGAGCGGGCGGUGGUCACCCUGCCGUGCCUCCACUUCGCGAUGUGCCGGCAGUGCCACGGCAAACUGCCAGGGGGCGGUGCUCUCACGCGCCCACAGUGUCCGUACUGCAAGCGCGGCAUCAAGAAGACACUGGACGUGUACGUAGUGUAA